CUCGGCGGCGGAGAAGACGCGGUAGAGGAAAGAUGGAAGACUUCCAGGCUUCCGAAGAGACUGCAUUUGUUGUCGACGAAGUGAGCAACAUUGUAAAGGAGGCUAUAGAAAGUGCCAUCGGCGGCAAUGCCUACCAGCACAGCAAAGUCAAUCAGUGGACCACAAAUGUCGUGGAGCAGACUCUGAGCCAACUCACCAAGCUGGGGAAGCCAUUUAAAUACAUUGUGACCUGUGUAAUCAUGCAGAAGAAUGGAGCUGGGUUACACACCGCGAGUUCCUGCUUCUGGGACAGCUCUACCGACGGGAGCUGCACAGUCCGAUGGGAGAACAAGACCAUGUAUUGUAUCGUCAGUGCCUUCGGACUCUCCAUCUGACCUCCUUGCCAGCCUGCCGCCUCCCGUGUCUCAACAUUUCUCCUUCAUCUUAACCACCAGCUAGGGAUUGGGUGAACGUCUUCCUCCUCUUUGUGUUUUGUGGCACUCGAAACGUAGAGAAAAAAAAAAACCAAUGACUCCACGGUCACAGGACCCGCACGGCGUCAGGCAGGUGAGCAGCCAGCUGUCACCUGAGGCUGGUAGCGCCGCUUGUCUUAACUCUAUCUUUUCAAAGGUGCUAAAAACCGAAGUCUGCUAGGAGGAAUCUUUCUCUACUUUCUGAAAUGAUUCAGAUACACUAAUUUUCCAUACUUUAUACUUUUGUUAGAAUAAUAAAUUAUUCAAAAUUAAAGUUUGGUGU